UGGGGCGGGCCCGGACGGGAAGAGUAGGAUCCCGUACGCUGCAGCAGGCGGGGCACCCGGGCUGGCGGCUUCGCUGGCGGAAGGUCGGGCCGGCGGCCAGGGACCUGGAAGGCUGCGAGGACCUGCGACGUCGAGGUUCGGAGUUUGCGUGUCCCAGGCCCGGCCCGAGUAAGAAAAAGCCGCCUCCCCGCAAGGCCGGAGGAACCGGGCGCCCCGAGUUCUACUUCUCAACCUCCGUCCGGAUCGGGAAACGGAGCACGGAAAUGUUCCUGAGGUCUCUUCCCUGGAAAGCGCAGCCCCGAUUUCCCGCCCCAGACCCUUAGCAGGUCGGCGACCAUCCGAGCGCUAGACAUAGGCCCACGUGUACAGAGGACGCUGAGUAAAUGCUCACUAGUGAAUCAGUAAAAUAAAUCGGCGGCAAAGAGAGACGACACGCAUGCUGAUCUUCAGGUGUUGGGGACACCAGGGAGGCGAGCAUUUAUUGUGCUCUUAUUGUAUACCCCGUCGGCCAGCAUUUGUGUCCAUUUUACACAUGAGGAAUAAGAGGCUCGGAGAGGUGAAGUAUCCUUAAGGCCACACAGAUAGUAAGUGGCUGAGACGAAUUUGAAACCAGGGGUGUCCUGUUUCAACUUGGUGCCAAAUAGAGUAACUCGGACUCCACUUGGAGGGGUUCAGGAGAACCACAGAAGAGGAAGGGCCGUGUCUUCCGUGGACAGGCCACCGGAGCCGCCAGCUGUUUGGAACUGAGCUACUGCAGAAAGGGAAGUGGAGAGUGAGGGCCAGGCCCCGUGGGGGCGGAUGGCCGGCAGAUGGCUGGAUCUGUGCUGGGCACUGACUGUGCUUUGUGUGCUGCUAAUGGCGGAGACAGUGUCUGGGGCUAGGGACUCGUCUACAGGGGCUCACAUUAGCCCUCAAUUUCCAGCUUCAGGUGUGAACCAGACCCCCGUGGUAGACUGUCGCAAGGUGUGUGGCCUGAAUGUCUCUGACCGCUGUGACUUCAUCCGGACCAACCCCGACUGCCACAGUGAUGGGGGCUACCUGGACUACCUGGAAGGCAUCUUCUGCCACUUCCCUCCCAACCUCCUCCCUCUGGCUGUCACCCUCUACGUUUCCUGGCUGCUCUACUUGUUUCUGAUUCUGGGAGUCACCGCGGCCAAGUUUUUCUGCCCCAACUUGUCGGCCAUUUCCACCACGCUCAAGCUCUCCCACAACGUGGCAGGCGUCACCUUCCUGGCAUUUGGGAAUGGUGCACCUGACAUCUUCAGUGCCCUGGUGGCCUUCUCCGACCCGCACACAGCCGGCCUGGCCCUUGGGGCACUGUUUGGCGCUGGCGUGCUGGUUACCACGGUGGUGGCCGGAGGCAUCACCAUCCUACACCCCUUCAUGGCUGCCUCCAGGCCCUUCUUCAGGGACAUCGUUUUCUACAUGGUGGCUGUGUUCCUGACCUUCAUCAUGCUCUUCCGUGGCAGGGUCACGAUGGCAUGGGCUCUGGGUUACCUGGGCUUGUAUGUGUUCUAUGUGGUCACUGUGAUUCUCUGCACCUGGAUCUACCGAUGGCAACGGAGAGGAUCCCUGGUCUAUUCCAUGCCAGUUACUCCAGAGAUCCUCUCAGACUCCGAGGAGGACCGGGUAUCUUCUAACAGCAACAGCUAUGACUACGGUGACGAGUACCGGCCACUGUUCUUCUACCAGGAGACCACGGCUCAGAUCUUGGCCCGGGCCCUCAAUCCCCUGGAUUACAUGAAGUGGAGAAGGAAGUCAGCAUACUGGAAAGCCCUCAAGGUCUUCAAGCUGCCUGUGGAGUUCCUGCUGCUUCUCACAGUCCCUGUCGUGGACCCGGACAAGGAUGACCGGAACUGGAAACGGCCCCUCAACUGUCUGCAUCUGGUUAUCAGCCCCCUGGUUGUGGUCCUAACCCUGCAGUCGGGGACCUAUGGUGUCUAUGAGAUAGGCGGCCUCGUUCCUGUCUGGGUCGUGGUGGUGAUCGCAGGCACAGCCUUGGCUUCAGUGACCUUUUUUGCCACAUCUGACAGCCAGCCCCCCAGGCUUCACUGGCUCUUUGCUUUCCUGGGCUUUCUGACCAGCGCUCUGUGGAUCAAUGCGGCCGCCACAGAGGUGGUGAACAUCUUGCGGUCCCUGGGCGUGGUCUUCCGGCUAAGCAACACUGUGCUCGGGCUCACGCUGCUGGCCUGGGGGAACAGCAUUGGAGAUGCCUUCUCGGAUUUCACGCUGGCCCGCCAGGGCUACCCGCGGAUGGCGUUCUCCGCCUGCUUUGGUGGUAUCAUCUUCAACAUCCUUGUGGGCGUGGGGCUGGGCUGCCUGCUCCAGAUCUCCCGGAGCCACACAGAGGUGAAGCUGGAGCCAGAUGGACUGCUGGUGUGGGUCCUGGCAGGCGCCCUGGGGCUCAGCCUCGUCUUCUCCCUGGUCUCAGUCCCAUUGCAGUGCUUCCAGCUCAGCAGAGUCUACGGCAUUUGCCUGCUCCUCUUCUACCUGAACUUCCUUGUUGUGGCCCUCCUCACUGAAUUUGGAGUGGUUCGCCUGAAAAGCACGUGACUGAAGCUGCUUAGUGCUGUGGCCUCACUGCAGGCAGAUGCCCCACCCCUCCUGCUGGGGGAGGCCCAGGGACUGGAGCAUUUCUGCAAGGCCCCUGUGGACACGAGAGCGUGGCCCUUGCUGCUGGAGAUCUGAGGUCACUGCUGUGAGCUGAGAGAACUGCUCCGUACUUUUUUUUUUUUUUGAGACGGAGUCUUGCUCUCUUGCCCAGGCUGGAGUGCAGUGGCCGGAUCUCGGCUCACUGCAAGCUCCGCCUCCCAGGUUCACACCAUUCUCCUGCCUCAGCCU